UGCUCCUCCCACAAGAUACAACCUCCUGCUGCCUGUGCUGUCUGCAAAGCAGCAUUUCAAACGUACUUAGACUUAGCCUGUGAGAAGUGAAGAGAAAGAGAUCAGACCCUAAAGGAAGAGGGUGGAAAGUAACACUCAGGAUUUAUCUUUUCCAUUUAUCUCUUUCCUAUCAUAUGGAUUUUACAAACUACACAACCUCCCCCAGAGCCAGACUUUGAUCAUGAGAGCGCUGAAGCUGGAUCUCCCCUGUCUACCCAAGUGAUCAGAACUUUGAGGGGCAGGCACCAGCUGUCUUUAAUGGUAAAGUAUUUAUUCCUGCUCCCCAGCCCACUGGAUCUCUUUAUCUCCCCUCCACAGGGAGCUGCGUGAAGGAGGAGAGGAGAGAGAUGCAUGUGGUGUGGCUCAGGCAGCCUGCCUCCUGGCUGCUGGUCCUGUGGGCUGCUGCUCCCUUCUGCAUCCUGGCUGAUUUCACCUUGGACAAUGAGGUGCACUCGAGUUUCAUCCACAGGAGGCUGCGAAGCCAGGAGCGCCGGGAGAUUCAGCGGGAGAUCCUCUCCAUCCUGGGUUUGCCCCACCGGCCCCGGCCCCAUCUGCACGGCAAGCAGAACUCUGCCCCCAUGUUCAUGCUGGAUCUCUACAAUGCCAUGUCGGUGGAGGAGGAGACGGCAGGAGCCGCAGGGGAGGAGGGAGAGGGAUUCUCCUACCCUUACAAGCCCAUCUUCAGCACCCAAGGGCCACCCCUGGCCAGCCUACAGGACAGCAACUUCCUCACCGAGGCAGACAUGGUUAUGAGCUUCGUGAAUCUGGUGGAGCAUGACAGAGAGUUCCAUCAUCAACGCUAUCACCAUCGGGAGUUCAGGUUUGAUCUCUCCAGAAUCCCAGAGGGGGAAGCAGUGACUGCUGCCGAGUUCAGGAUAUAUAAGGAUUACAUCCGAGAACGGUUUGAUAAUGAAACAUUCCAGAUAAGUGUCUACCAGGUACUGCAGGAGCACCCAGGAAGGGAUUCAGAUUUGUUCCUACUUGACACUCGAAUAAUCUGGGCUGCAGAGGAAGGUUGGCUGGUGUUUGAUAUUACAGCAACCAGUAAUCACUGGGUGGUAAACCCACAACACAAUCUCGGCCUGCAGCUAUCAGUUGAGAGUAUAGAUGGUCAAAGCAUCAAUCCCAAACUGGCUGGUCUUAUUGGAAGACAUGGCCCACAAAAUAAGCAGCCUUUCACGGUAGCAUUCUUCAAAGCCACAGAAGUGCAUCUCCGCAGUAUUCGUUCCACGGGAGGCAAACAAAGGAGCCAGAAUCGAUCGAAAACACCAAAAAACCAGGAAGCCUUUCGGGUGUCUAACAUUGCAGAAAACAGCAGCAGUGAUCAGCGGCAAGCCUGCAAGAAACACGAACUUUAUGUCAGUUUCAGAGAUCUUGGCUGGCAGGACUGGAUAAUUGCUCCAGAAGGCUAUGCUGCAUAUUACUGUGAAGGAGAAUGUGCCUUCCCAUUGAACUCCUACAUGAAUGCUACAAACCAUGCUAUUGUACAGACACUGGUUCACUUUAUAAACCCAGAGACUGUGCCGAAGCCAUGCUGUGCUCCUACACAACUCAAUGCCAUCUCAGUGCUCUAUUUUGAUGACAGCUCCAAUGUUAUCUUGAAAAAAUACAGGAACAUGGUGGUACGGGCAUGUGGCUGCCAUUAGGUUUGCAGGAAGGGGGAAAAAGAAGUGGCUGUAAAGAGCGUUUUUAUAUGGAUUUGCAAAGAGAUUUAAGUCUCCUGCAUUGGACUGCCUUUAAAAAAAAAAAAAAGUUUGUAGGGACCAUGCUUCUGAAGGUGCACAAUUAACAGGAGAUAGUGGAACAAAUUCUGGAUUCUAAGUGGCAUUUGAGUCAAGUUUGUUUUAGCUUAUUAUAGACAUGUUUCUGCAAACCGGUGAAAAGUGAAACAAGCCAGAGGAACCAUUUAAAAUCAAGCCCCUCCAAAAUAAUUGCUCUUACUUCUGCAAAUGAGCCUUUCAGAAGAUGGCUAACUCACCAGUGCUGAUUGUGAACAUCUUUUUUAAACAAAUCCAUCCAGGGUGAGAAUCUGGUGUGUUUAUGCACAAAGUAAUAAACAUUUGUGGUUCCUGUAAUAACUUGUUCACAAUAAAAUGUGCCUGGAAAAAAGAUAUAUUUUGUUAAAGAAUUACCUCCAACCCUUACUUUAUCCAGUUUCAUAAUCAGGAGAAAAAGACUAAGUACAUGCACUUCCAGUAUUAAAUUUUGCACUAGCAAAAAGUAUCUGGAUUGACUCAAAUUAAAAAGGACAAGUAAGUCUAGAAAUGUCUUUUGGAAUUGGAAGAAUUGAAGAAAAUAACUCCAAAGAACAAGAUUAUCUUGAUAUUUCUAUGUCAGGGAUAAUAUCUAUUUCAACUACCAACAAGAAUUUGCAUUUAGUAUGGACUAAAACAGCUAAAAGCAAAAUUUAAAUAAUAGCGAAUAAAGCCCCAAAACAGUUUUGUAACCCAGCUUGGACAUCUCAAACACUUACAAGGUUAUGAAAGGAAGUUCAAAAUCCUGCUCCCAUAGGCAAAAUACCCAUUGAUUUCAAUGGGUGCAGAUCAGGGCCCUGGAAUUUUGCAAGUCUGUAGGCUUGAUCCUGUGAGGAGAUGAAAGCCAAGGAUGGUGCUGAACGAACACCCAGCACUAUGCAGGAUCAAGUCCUUAAUAGGGAAAAGAAACCAUGACAUUUGUAAGUCUGGUUCCCUGGGUCUGUAUUUUCUGGGUGACUCCUAUCUUACUGUCAAUUUCAUCUGUAGUAAGAAAACUGCUUGGCUCCAUGAAUAAAUAACUGCUCUUUUAUUUUUAAAUCCCAGUUGAAAUCCAGACCGGAUGCUUUCCUCUUUUUAAAAGGAAAAACACACAGCAAAAAACAAAAACAAACCAGCCAAAAAGCUCGAUACGAAAUGAAUUGGAGCUUGUUUCUUUGGACCCAAGUCUAAUUCCAUUGUAGUAGAUCUGAGUUUUACCACUGGAUUUCCAAUAGCAGCAGGAUUAGGCUGUUGAGGAAUAGGAGGAGUCUCAUGGGUCUUGGAUCAGGCCCUUGAACACCAGUCAGCAUUACCAAAUGCAUCACACUUCUCUACAAUGGGAAUCAAGAGUCUGACUUGGCUCUAACCCUUGUUACACCAGAUUUAACUGAAAUCAGAAUCUGGCCCAAUAUUUACGACGUCACGUUCCAAAAUGGUGGCUGAAAUAUUCUUUCAGCCUUUUCUGAGACGUCCUUAGAUGAACUGUCAAAGAGAAAUGGUUAGGCUGCUACUGCCUCAGUGUGUCCAUUGUUUUAAAGGAGAGAUGCAUAAAGGCCUACAAAUCAUAAAUGCCACUCAAUGUUGUAUGUAUAUCAGCCACCAACGCAACAUAUUCUAGAUGUCUGUGAACCUUGUGCAGGGAGUUAAGGUGCUACCAAUAAAGUUAAGAUUGGAUGGUCCGAGCUGAUUAUUUUUUAAUGUAGUCAAGGUUGAGUUUGCCACUACUGCCCCAAAGUACUGGUAUAUUACAGUUCAGUCCUGACUACCCUCUCUCUCUGUACUGGAUCCAUAUAUUAUAUAUAUCCUGUGGUGUUUUUUUGUUUGUUUGUUUUUUAAACAUGACUACAGGAUCUCUGUUGCUAGGCUAGACAUCAAUUCCAUUGUUUUGUACAUUUUUAUGUAAAUAAUUGUCACAAAAGUGGGAAAAAAUUAUUUAUUUCCAUCUCUGAAUUCCUUUUCAAUCACGCAUUCAGGAAAUUGAUUCUCAUCUCUUCUAAACACAUUUGUUUCCUUAUUUAAGAAAAUAUUUAUUAACAGUUGGCAAAAUACAUGUACACAUUUCUGGUUCUUUUCAUAGAGCAGUUGUUAGAAGCAUUUUGUACAAACUAGUUGAAUAAAUCAUUGUGACUUUACAAAAGAUAUUCCAACAA